GGACACCUUUAGACCAACCGCUAUAUUCCAAAUACUUGCUCUCAACGGUUAUGACAGAUAUUGGCUCAAUACCCACAGCAAUAGCGAGCACGACAGAUGUACUGAACUCUGCAAACAGUCUACUCACGUCCCAUCGGGAACUACUCACAUACGUGCGCAACUCACAGCGGGCACACCGACGCCAGCUUCGUGCUCUUGCAACCGCACCCAGCGAUCUGGUGAAUUUCCCAUUAAUUGAUUCCCCUGGACCUUCACCAUUGCCUUCUCCGCCGUCAUCGCCCCAACUCGCUCCCCGUACCCGCCCACAACGCCAAGAUCUCCAUCCUGCAAAACGUGCGAGAGUCGCCCGCUACGCAAACUAUGUCCCCGAAGAAGAAACAAUCCGCAAUGACUACUCGCAGCGGUAUGUCGACAGCGGUGAGUGGCCACAGAAUCGAGUUCUUGGCGCGGAGCCUUCCCGCCGUUUUGAGGAAUAUCCAAAGCAGCAGCGCCUGCUCAGCCUGAAAAAGGAGUCUGUCGAUGCGCAUUCUACACCUCCGUUUUUCCUUCCCUUUUCUCACCUCUCUUCAUUACAUCCUCAAAAGUUCGAUGUAAUCCUCCUCGACCCCCCGUUCUCCUCAUCUUUUAGCUGGGACGACCUUCAAGCGCUUCCUGUUCCUUCUCUUGCGGCCGACCCUUCAUUUGUAUUCAUGUGGGUAGGCAGUGGCGCAGGGGAGGGUCUCGAGCGUGGUCGCGAGGUCCUCGCUAAGUGGGGCUACCGCAGGUGUGAGGAUGUUGUAUGGGUAAAAACCAACAAUACCACCAAUCGCGGGCCAGGGACAGAUCCACCCACCACUUCUCUUUUGACCCGCACAAAACAGCAUUGCCUCAUGGGUAUCCGCGGCACGGUACGUCGCUCGACUGACAGCUGGUUUGUUCACUGCAACGUUGAUACCGACGUCAUCAUCUGGGAAGGUGAUACCGCUGACCCGAUGCGCAAACCACCCGAAAUGUACACCCUUAUAGAAAAUUUCUGUCUCGGCACGCGCCGUCUUGAGCUUUUUGGGCGAGCACGCUCGUCCCUCCGCCGCGGGUGGGUCACAGUGCUCACUGAAAGCGAUGGGGCUAAGGUGGGGGAGCAUGCGCGGACAACAGAAGGCGAUGCCGUGCACCAAUGGAACAAGGAUUCAUGGGACGAAGCGACUCGGCACCUGGCUUCACUCGCAGGAGGAAAGUGCGUUGUACCAAAUUCGCAGGAGAUCGACGCUCUCCGCCCCAAAUCCCCUAUGCGCUCUGGGAAUUCAGGCGUGAGUGGCGGAGUUGGGGUCGCCAUCAGUGGUGGCGUAGGCGUAGGAAGUGCCGGAGUGGGCAUGAAUGCCGGAAAUAUGAACACCGACCCGAACAUGAACAUGCAACUUGGCCGACGUCAGCCUUCCCAAAAUCAAAUGAUGGUGUCUCCAAUGAUGGGUAUGGGGAUACCAAUGGAUAUGGGUAUGGGUAUGGGGAAUAUGAUGGGCAUGGGCAUGGGAAACAUGGGUAUGAUGGGGAUGGGGAACAUGGGAGUGAUGGGAAUGGGGGACAUGCCUGGCACUGCGUUCCAAUGGGUAGGGGAUGGCGAUCGAAUGUGGGAAGAUGGAAUGAUGGCUGGUAUGGGCAUGGGCGGUGGCAUGGGGAUGGGGAAUACGGGGAUGGGGGUAGGAGGUCCGGGAAUGGGUAUGGGUAUGGGUAUGGGAAACUCGAGGAUGGGUAUGGGCGGUAUGGGGAUGCAUGGGCAGUGGGGUCAGGGGUACGACGGGUUUCAGUGAAGAUCAAUCUUAUACGUGUGGUGUAGACUUUUGCAGGUUACUGGACAGGCACAUACAAACUGUAUCAUAUUUUCAUUCACCGUCACCUCUAUCUACUUUGCAAACUGUAGC